AUGGGGACACCGUUGGCGGAGAGUGGCACGUUUGGGUUUCCAAGCCGGCGAAGCGUGGUUCAUAGCACCAAGGGAGUCGUCGCUUGCACACAGCCGUUGGCGGCUCGAUGCGGCAUCAAGGUGCUGGAAAAAGGAGGCAAUGCUGCGGAUGCCGCCGUGGCUGCUGCUGCCGGCCUCAAUGUAACGGAGCCAUGCUCCACUGGCAUCGGCGGAGACAUGUUCAUCUUGUUCUACGACGCCAAGACGGGCAAAGUCUCGGCCAUGAAUGGGUCCGGUCGGUCGGGCGCCGCAUACACGGCCGAGAUCAUCCGGAAAGACUUGGGCUAUGCCCCGGAAGAGAAGGGCCGCAAGAUCCCCAUGAGCAGCGUUCAUGCCGCCACCGUCCCCGGCGCGCCUGCUGGUUGGGCUGACACCGUGGAGAGGUUCGGGAGCGGCAAGGUGACCCUGGAGGACGUUCUUGCGCCAGCCAUUGAGCUGGCAGAGGAUGGGUUCCCUGUUUCCGAGCACUCGGCGUACUUUUGGACCGAGUCGGAAAAGGAUAUUCGAAACGCGUCGCCCAACUUUGCAGAGAUGCUUAAAAAGGACCCCAAGGCCGCGGACGGCGGCAAGAAGGGCUUCUACACGGGGCGGGUGGCCGAGGAGCUGGUCAAGGUGCCUCAAGUUCACGGCGCAGGGCGCGGGGAGGACGGCGGCCUCGAGGUGUGGGAGCACCCGCCCAACGGACAAGGCAUCGUGGCCUUGAUGACGCUGGGCCUGAUCCAGGAGCUGGAGAAGGCGGGGACGAUACCGCGCUGGGGGCCCGAGGAUUUCAACUCGGCGGCGUACCUCCACACGAUUGUCGAGUGCCUGCGCAUCGCCUUCUCGGACGGCAGCUGGUUCGUCGCGGAUCCCAACGUGGUCAAAGUCCCCUCGGCGGAGCUGCUCUCGUCGGCGUACUUGGCCGAGAGGGCCAAGCUCUUUGACCCGGCAAAGGCGGCGCCGCCUCCCGUCCUGCACGGCGACCCGUUGGGCGAGGGCGAGGGCGGUGGCGCCGUGGUGUCGCCGGCGCUCAAUAGCAGCGACACCGUGUACCUCUGCGUGUCCGACAGCGAGGGCAACGCCGCCUCGCUCAUCAACAGCAACUACGGCGGCUUCGGCACGGCCAUCAUCCCGCGGGGCUGCGGAUUCACGCUGCAGAACCGCGGCGCCAACUUUAGCCUGGACGCGGAGCACCCCAACGUGCUGGCGCCGCGCAAGCGGCCCUACCACACCAUCAUCCCCGGCAUGGCGACGCGCGCGGCCGACGCAUCGCUGCACAGCGCGUUUGGCGUCAUGGGCGGGUUCAUGCAGCCGCAGGGCCACGUGCAGGUCCUGCUGGGCCAGGUGGUGGCCGGCUUGGACCCGCAGCAGGCGCUCGACGCGCCGCGCGUCGUGGAGGAAGGGGUGGGUGCGGAGGCGGUCGAGGCGCUGCGGGGUAUGGGUCACACGGUCGAGGUCGUCCGGGGCUGGGCGAGGAGCCUGUUUGGCCGCGGGCAAAUCAUCCGUUGGGUCGUUGACCCUGUGGAUGGGACGGGUGUGUGGUCCGCCGGCAGCGAUAUGCGCGGGGAUGGGGCGGCUAUUCCGCUUUAG